UUCUCCUACGGCGGCCCGGAGGAGCAGGCGGCGCUGGAGAAGUCAUGGCUGUGUAGCUGUAUAAUUUUGAUGUAGAGAAAAUAUUAUUAAUAAUAAUAAAUAUUAGUGAAAUUUUUAACUGCGUUAUUAAGCUGCGGUGUGUGAGGGGCGGAGUCUCUGUUGGAGUGGAGGUGUUAUAUAUAUCUGAAAGCGAACAUGAAUCUGCCUCGACUUUAUCAUCGCUUACGUCUGACAGUUGUGCAGGUGCGGUCUCUCCACGGCAGCAGUAAUGUCCAGCAAGUGGAAACGGCUGCUGUGGCGGCAGAAUCAGAUCCAGUGUCCAGUCAGUUUUCAGUAUUCAGGACGUCAGAGAAUGAUCCGGCGUGUCACACAGACCUGCACGCUGGUCAGUAUUACACUCUCCCUACCGCACAGCUCCGCACACUGUUCCCCCACGGACUACCCUAUCGCUUCCAGAUGCAGAUAAAGACGUUUAACGAGGCGUGUGUGAUGGUGAGGCAGCCUGCGCUGGAGCUCAUCUCUUACCUGAAGAAAGCAGACUACAGCAGACCGGCCUUGCGCUACAUACUCUAUGGAGAGACGGGCUGUGGGAAGACUAUGUCUCUGUGCCACGCUCUUCAUUUCUGCGCCACUCAGGGCUGGAUGGUCCUGCACAUACCAGAUGCUCAUUUGUGGGUGAAAAACUGCCGGGAGCUGCUGCCCUCAUCGUCCCGCCCGGGUCGCCUUGACCAGCCGCUCCAAGCUUCCCUGUGGCUGAAGAAUUUUAAAACCACCAAUGAUCGUUUCCUCUCAAAGAUAAAGACGACGCAGCGUUAUGUGUGGACGAAGAGGGAGACCACAGAGGAGGGACGGCCUUUAGGAGAGCUGGUAGACCAGGGUGUGGCCCGUGUGAAAAGCAGCAGCGACGUCGUGGGGGCUCUGCUGAGAGAGCUGCGGCUGCAGGCAGGGGGCGCCGCAGAGGGAGCCUUCAGACUGGCUGUAGCUGUAGAUGGAGUCAACGCUCUGUGGGGAAGGACAACUUUAAAAAAGGAGGACAAGAGUGAGGUUUUGCCAGAGGAGUUAACACUUGUCCAUAACCUGAGAAAAAUGCUGAGAAAUGACUGGAGUGGGGGAGCCAUUCUCACAACCCUGUCCCAUACUGGCUCCCUUUACAAACCUCGCUCAGCCUACCUGCCCAUGGAGCUGCUGGGAGAGGAGGGGUUUGAUACUAUGGACCCCUUUGUGCCAGUCCCUGUUUCUUCCUACACUGAAAAGGAGUUUGAGAGCUGUUACCUGUACUACAUGGACCGGCACUGGCUCCAGCAUCCACACAGUCAAACAGAGGAGGGCAAGAAAGAACUCAUCUUCCUCAGCAACAGAAACCCGUCCAUUCUGGAAAGACUGUGCGCCACCCUAUAAUGAAUAUCUCUCUCUCUCUCUCUCUCUCUCUCUCUUGUUCUCUUGUGUGUAAAAUUAUGUGUAACAGACAUUAUAUGCUCUUUAAUAAUAAAAAUCUGCCCUGUGGUAAAAAA